AUGAAGUCCCUGAGGCCAAUUACUCGACAUAUCCUGCGGAGGAGCUCCCCGCGAUGCCUGCGGACAUUUGCUACGGCGACCGAUGCCGCUGGCCAGCAGCAGCAGCAGCAGUUCGACAAUCGUGUCAAGAUCGUCGAGGUGGGCCCGCGUGAUGGCCUGCAGAACGAGAAGAAGACGAUACCCCUGGCGACAAAGAUCGAGUUGAUCGAGAAGCUGGCCAAGACAGGACUUACCACAAUCGAGGCCGGGUCGUUUGUGUCCCCAAAAUGGGUUCCUCAGAUGGACAGCUCGAAUGAGAUCCUCGAGCAUCUCCUCAAGAACAAGCCCGCCUCCCCUUCACCGAUAACCUACUCCUUCCUCGCUCCCAACGUUAAGGGCCUUGCCAACGCCACGAAAAUCCUCCAAUCCCACCCCGAUGCCUUCGUCACCGAGUCGACCCGCACGAUCCUCAACAAGGAAAAGCCAGAAUUAGAGCUCGCGGUCUUCGCAGCCGCGACCGAGUCCUUCAGCCAGAAGAACCUGAACUGCUCCGUCGCGACGUCGCUGGAGCGGUUCCGCGACGUGAUCGCCCAGGCGAAGCGGUCGGUGGCCGACAUCCGCGUGCGGGCGUACAUCUCGGUGGUGCUGGGGUGCCCGUUCGAGGGCCACGACGUCGACCCGCACCGGGUGGCCGAGAUCGCGACGGACCUGCUGGAGAUGGGCGCCGACGAGAUCGCGCUGGGCGACACGACGGGCAUGGGCACCGCGCCCCGCACCGCGCAGCUGCUGCGCAGCAUGGCCGCCGCGGGCAUCCGCAACGAGGACGUCGCGCUGCAUUUUCAUGACACGUACGGCCAGGCACUCGUCAACACGGCCGUCGCUCUCGAGCAUGGCAUCCGAACCUUUGACUCGUCCGUUGGUGGGCUUGGUGGCUGUCCGUACAGCCCUGGCGCGACGGGUAACGUGGCGACUGAGAAUGUCGUCUAUUUCAUGGAGACCUUGGGUAUGGACACCGGGGUCGACCUGGACGCUGUGGCGGAUAUUGGCCAGUGGAUCACCGGGGAGCUGGGGAAGGCGAACGACAGCACCGUUGGGAAGGCCGUUUUGGGGGCGAGGGCCCGGGCUGACAAGUGA